GGGGACGGGAGAUGAGUUGGGUGGCUAAAGUUCCUCACGCCAUCAUACCAAUUUCCAGACAACAUCUCAUUCCGGCUAUAAAAAGAUUUACAGCUGCGUUGAUGUGGAUAAAUGGACACUGAGGGAGAAGGAUGAAAAUGAGUCCAGAGCUGAGUGUCACAAACAGUAUUGACCAGGCCUGCAGAGGAACACAUGUUUCAUGAGAGUACUUUGAGGCUGCAGUGGUUUGUCAGAAAAUGAAGUCCACAGUACCAAGAAGAAAAUCUGGAUCUUCAGUUAUUAAAGCUUUCAGCAAAACCAGACAAAGCGAUGAUUAUGGGGCAUGUCAUGUAUCCCAAAAUGCAGUGUUGUUAAUGGAAGCCCAUGUUCACCUUACCACUGGCUUGCAGUCAAGAGAGCGGCUUCUGUUACUUUUCACAGAUUCACUUAUCAUCGCCAAGACUAAGUCUCUGUAUCUAAAGCUUAAAGUUUGUGUUAGCCUCUCAGACAUAUGGCUGGCAUCCUGUAUUAAUUUCAUCACAGAGAGGAAACUUACAUCCAAGAACUCGUUUGUGAUUGGGUGGCCGACCACCAAUUAUGUUGUCACUUUCAGCUCUUCAGAAACAAAGGAGAGAUGGUUACAUGCUCUUCAGUGGCACACCUGCAGAGCCAGGCAAAGAAUCUUGCCAAAUGCCAUUCUUCUCUACGUCCUGCUGAUCUGCCAUCCCAAUGACGACUGCCCUGCGACUGUGGCUGUGGCAGUGGAUGUGAGCACCACUGCGGACAAUGUGGUUCAGUACAUAAUGCAACGCUGCAAACUGCUGGGUGAAGUCUCGGAUUACCAGUUGUGUGUGAACUAUGAAAAAGAAGAGGAAACUUACCCCCUUAUUGGCCAUGAGCUUCCAUUCUUCAUCCUGCGCCACUCCCUGAGAAGUCAGAAAGACCAUCUUCACAUGCCCAGUGAGCAGCUGCAGGAAGCAUGUAGUGCUGCCCAGCAGACAGAGGCCACAUCCAAGACCCCACACUUCACCCUAAAAACCAGAACACACAUUCCCAAGGGUGCUGUGCUGAAACACAAAAGAAAAAGGUCUCUGAUUGAUUGGGCUCUGAGGAGGGUACACCUUAACCAACCAGAAAGCCAUACUCACCCAGAUACUGCAUCUCACAAUUUAUUUGGUCAGUCUCUCUCAUCCAUUUGUCCUGAUGGAAACCUGCCCAAACCAGUAAUGGAACUGCUGUAUGUUCUGUUCUAUGAGGGUCCAGAGACCUGUGGAAUCUUCCGCCGUUCAGCGAAUGCCAAAAACUGUAGAAUUCUGAAGGAGAAAAUAAAUUCUGGACAAAGUAUUUCACCGCAUGAGGAAUCUGUGUUUGUCUCUGCUUCUCUAAUUACAGAGUUUUUGCGCAAACUGCCUGGUGGUGUGUUGUGCUGUGACUUGUAUGAAGACUGGAUGAAAGUUCUGCGAAGUGAGGAUCAACAGGACAGACUUAACAGAGUUAGAAGUUUGCUUGCACAGCUGCCAGAGGAGAAUGUUACCUUGCUGUGUCACUUGUUUGGAAUGCUGCACAAAAUACACACCUACUCAGAGGUGAAUCAGAUGACAGCAACAAACUUGGCCCUCUGCAUCGCACCCAACAUGCUCUGGAGAUCAUGCCAAAUCAGCCCUGAACAAGAGGGACAGAAUGCAUUGCAGGUUGCUGAGCUCAUCCAGUACCUGAUAGAAAACACUCCCACCAUAUUUGGGAAUGACCUGGAGAGUCUGUUCUCUAGGCAAAUUAAUUCAGAGCAGGAAACAGGUGCUUCGUAUCUUCAACAACAAUCCUCUUCGGAAGACACUGAUCAAGACUUCAUCACUUCUACCCCUCUCUCUCCUGAAGUUCAUCCCCAUUUCCUUCCUCUAGCUGCACUUUCUCUUAAAGAGAAGAGGAGACCACGCCCCUUUCAUACUAAUAUGCCAUCAUCUGAGGGUGUCUGCAGCUGCGGAACACUGGAUUCAAUUUCAUCACAUUCCAGUACUUCUAUGAGCAAGUUGGGGGUUGGGGAACUUAGCCAAUCACGUGAUCGAUGCCUCUCUGAACCUUCCAUGUAUUUUACCACAACCCAAACACAGGUACUGACUCAUCCACCUGUUAUCCGCCAAUCUAGCUAUGAUGCUGCUGUAACAGUCAGCCAAAAUGAGCAUUCACAGGGCUCUGUGAGGGUCAGUCCAGAACAACAGUCACAUAAUUCUGGGACAGGUACAAGGCGGCGACGUUAUACUUUCUGGAAGUCACCGCAAAUCCCCAGCCGCUUCAGGCAUCCUGCGCAGAGAUUGGCCAGCAUGUCUAGCUUGUCAUCAACUACCACUUCUUCACUCAGCUCAUUGGAUAGUACACUGUCCCUGAGCUCUGCCGAUCCAAUCCCUAGCCCUCAAGAUACACAAUCCCGUCCUUUUCUGUUCGGAGCAGCUGCAAGACUGCGGCCACUCACCCCAGAAAUGUCCAGAAAGCAAUGGACAAAUACUUUCACUUAUGAAGAGGAGGAGAAGGUGGAGUUAUGGGGAAAGAGAGAUCAGGAGACAGAAUAUGAGAAAAAGAGAGAAUGUAAAGUAUAUUUUAAUGACUGUGGUGGAGAGAGAAGAGAGAAGGAUGAAGAGGAUACCAUGAGUAGUGAGUCAUUCAGUGAUAUACAUGAGGUUGAAGGUUUACAAAGACAGUGUGUGUCAGAGCGUAUCGGCGAGAGUGUGUGCAGCUUGGGGUUUACAGUAAAUCCUUCAAAGUCCUCUAACGCAUACAAGAUAGAUCCCAAUCCUGACCUGAACUUGCAGGCAAUCUCACAAAAUCCCUGCAGCAUAUGGCCAGUCCCACAGGCGAAGAAGAUUGGUAAUGAGAUACAGGCAUCUGAAGUGACACAAAUACUCAUAAACACACCCACAAUAACCCAAAAGCAAAUCAGUACCAAAAUGAAAAACUCUGUUGGUCAACUUCAGCUGGAACGACCAAAUACAUGCACAAACAUGCAUGUUUCAGUUGGGCAGAAAGUGAGCAGAAUGAAAAUUAUGUUCUUCCCGUCCUCUGGAAGUGUAUUGUUAAAACAUUCCAAGGUCACAAAUCAAACUGCUGACAUCACAAAGAGCGAUAAAGAGUUGAGGCCAGAAACACUUUUUUACGGUCAUAAUGUUCCUCAAGUGUUGCAUUCUAAAACACCACAGCAAACAUCAGUCCAGGUACAGACACAUUGUAUUUCCUCUGAGGAUGUGGGUGUGGCAGAUCCAGGUUUGUGUGGUGGUGACUUUAGUAUUGUUACCUUAGAUAGUAGUAGUAUCAGCAAUGGAGUAAGCAGUAACCCAGAAGAGAAUACUGUCCAGUGUGUCAAAUGUAGUAGUCUUGACAAGGGCAUUAGUCAUUGCGUGAGCAGUGUUGAUGACCUGCACAGAAGUCCUGAUACCGAUGGCCCUGCUGUUAGCAUUAGCAGUGGUUAUAGUGUUAACCAUGGUAUUAAGCUCUUUCAUGGUCAAGCUAAGCAGAGCUCUUCAAAACCCACUGGCAAACUCACAGGAACCUUCCGCCACACAAUCUGCAUCAAGCUUCCUGUCAAUGUACGCAGCAGAGGGUCAGCACAGAAUAAGCACUUACCAUAAAAGAUUUAAUGUGGUUAUAUAAUAUUAAAUGGAGUGGGGUACGUAACAUAUUCAUAGAAAUAUUGUUAAUAAUGUGCCUAAAUGUAAAAGUAUUUGUUGUCAUUAGAAUAAGCAUGGAUUAAGUAAAACCAGACUGUAAAAAUCCUUACACUGAAAAUUGUAAAAAUGAACUUGUUACAUUUUUUUUUUUUAAGAUUAUAAGACUUGUUUUGAGAGAAUUUACCUUGAAUUAAGGUUAUUUUUCUGGCCAUAUUGUUUUUGCAGUGCAGGCUUGACCUCUGCAGUUCGUAUGCGGAUCACUGGGAGUAUGCAUGUUUACGUGUAGGGUGUAUAGGCCACUGGAAUAAAAUGUAUUUGUAUAUCCACAGGGAUUUGACUGCAAGGUGUGCUUUUUGAAAGGGUUCUCUUGCAGAAAGAGCACACAGAGAGUAUUUCAGUUGCUAGAAAGUACAUGCUUCUGUGGGACUGGGGGUGUUGGCAUACUAUAUACUGGUAAAUUAAGAAGAAAAGUUUCUGGGGCAGAGAUUGGAACAAUAGUGAAUGAUUGAGAGAAAUCAUCCAGGUGUUGCAGCGUGCUCUGCAUAACAGGUCAUAACAUUAGAGGCCAAGAAUUCUGAUUUAUAGAGGAACAAAAGAGAGAGGGGCAGUUAUAGGGUGAGAAAUACUAAGCUUACAGUAUAUCGUGACCAAUUGUGAGGCUACAGACUUCCUUUAACAAUUGUUGCCAGCAGUUCUUUGAUGCAUUGACGUAGGAAUAUUUUUUUAUUUUCUUUUCAUACAUUUUUUUUAUAGUUCUUUCUGAUUUUAUAUAAUAGAUAAGAGGGGCUAUUUCUGUUAUACAGUACCAUUUAAACUCUGUAAUUUUUAACAAAUGUAUAUGCUUAUGUUGUAAUUUAAGUAAAUAUUUCUCUAAAAGGCUAUACCAGACUUUCACAAAUGUGCUCUGGUCAAGCUCAGACACUUCAACUUUAUAACUAUAACUUGGUCAUUUACACAAUGGGAAGAAAAUGUUUCCAUCAUGCCUAAGAGGAUAGAACCUAGCAGGAUAAAAAUGGAAACAUUCUGUCUAGAUAAUGGGGGAUAAUGAAAAAAAAAUAAAUUGCCAAUUUUAAACUUUAGAAGUACAAGGACAUGACAAAAAUAAUAGCUAAUAGCUAACCCAAAGGGAGAGGGAAUUACUUUAAUUGUGAUAAAAUAAAGCCAACUAAUAGGAUUCCCAUCAUUAAAAAUUGUGAGUUUAAUAUUUUAUCUAGAUGUUAUGUUAUGGGGACAUGAAAAUAUACUGCAUAGUAGGAAUGAUGCACGAAAAAGACUCUCAUACUGUUCCGGUGACUUGUCAACACAGAGUCAGUCAGUGAGAAAUAAAUCUAUAUUAAAACAUUCAGCCAGCAAAUAUAAUGAAUAAAUUGACAAGAUAUGAAAUAUUUUAUCUUAAAUGCAUACUAACAAAAUAAUCUUAUAUGCAUUGUGUGGAGACUGAUUGACAUGCACUUCUGUUGUUACUUGAAAUUUUAAGUGCAUAUUUCAAGUGAGAGAGCCCUUUGGAUAUGACUGCAGUUUUUAUAAUGGCAGGUAGAGAUUUGCUACAUGGAACAUACACAUGCUUCACAAGGUAUUUUGUAAGAGUUUCUUUUCUAACACCUGACAUUUUUAGAUUAAAUGUUUCUGUCACUGAAAACAAGGAACACUGACAGCUUGGUGGAGGUAAACUCGUUAACUCAUAACUUGCCAUCUCCUCAGCUGGUCAGCAACAACAGGGCUCAAAAUGUAUAUUAUUAGCCAGGAGUGAAGACAAAACUCAGACUGUUUUUGUUACCUGUUCUUAUGAUUUCCUAGAUUGGGAAAUUCAGCCAAGCACAUGUUUAAUUAGCAGCCUAUCAACUAAAAAGAGCACAGUGGUCAUAUGUGUUAAUAUUGGCAUGUAGCUGUUUAGUGAUUUCACCUGGUCUGUUUAGAUGUCACCAACUCCAGUGGCUCUGCACCUCGUGGUCCCCAUAGUGCCUGCAGAAAACAUUCUGUAUAGCCUCAACUUUAAUCUUUAAUAUCCUUUCCAUUUCCUUUUUUUUAAACUUGCAUGAAGUUUAAAUUGAUCUAUGUUAUAAUUUCAUAUAGAGUUGAAUAAUUUUAUAGGUUGUUAUACACUAAAAUAAAAUUUCCAGUAGUGUCAAAUUUUAGGUUCUGGUUCUGUGUGUUUGAGUAUUUUAUUAUCUGAGUGAGAGGUGUGAUUACUUGCAUAUGUCACUGCGCUCAAUCAUAUUAAUGACUUCCAGUCAGAUACUGUAAUGAAGUAUUGUAACAGUAGUUCCACUUUUGUCACUCACUCGACAUUGUGUCGAUGUAGUGACACUAGGGGUCUCACUUGAGAGCCUCGGUUACCUCUUAUCUUUGAGAAAAGGCCAAUGAGAAUUGGCAAACAGAAUUGCAAGCCCCUCCCACGAACAUACAGGUAUAAAGGGAGGGAAGCGUGUGUCUGUUCAGACAAAUUUUUUCUUUGGAGCUAAACCCACUGCUGUUCCACUUACCUCUACAGAGCAUACGCUGUUGGAGAUAUGGGGCAUAUUCAGCAGCUUUUCUCUUCUUCUGCACGGCAGUGCAGACUACGCCCCUGGGCGCUUCGACAGCCCUUCUAAAAGAGUAUAUAUGUCUGAAAGAGUACAUUGCUCUAAAAGAGUUACACAUACUGAUGUUGAAUGUCUUUCUCAAGAUGCCCUUCCAUCUUUGUGUCGUUUAUGGAUGCAGUCGUUACUUCUCCGCUUCUGACGGCCAUAGCCGCUGCCUUACGUGUCUGGGCAGCGAUCACACUGAGGCAGCGUUUGUGGAUGGUUCAUGUUCUCACUGCGUGAACAUGACCAUGGCAACGUUGCUGUCAUGGCUUUCCUUAUUCUGGGGGAAAGCCACUCUAGCCUCCCCCCACAUUGGGCCUUCUAUCCACGGGUAUAGGGUUGGCACGGCUGGCGCUGGAGGCGAUUUCAGAAGUUUAACAGGCGCGGUUUAGCCGGGUAAAUCCCCGCAGACCACCCGUUCCCCAGCACGCUCGUCUGCCCCCUUCCGGUUCCGAUAUGAGACCGGCUUGACUUACGGCCAGUCUGAUGUCACUUUCGGAGCUCCUGAGCUGGAUGAGAGUUUCGUCGCUGCAUUGGAGAGCGUCUUGGCAGACUCCGAUGCUGAGGACUCGACUGGGCUAGCGCCUUCAGGUGUGCCGGCCCAGUCUGAGGCCGAUGCUGAGCUGUCCACUAUGCUUGCCCGGGCCGCCGCGAGUGUUGGGCUGGACUGGAACCCUCUGCCCUCCCCUCAGCCCUCGUGGGUAGACAAUUGGUUCCUGGGAUUGGGGUGCCGCUCACAGCCAUGCCCCCCCAGUUCCUUUCUAUCUGGAGGUGCAUGAUGACCUGACAAAGUCAUGGAGGGCACCUUUCACUGCCCGAAACCGAUUCCUCGCUCGUCCGCUCUCACUACCCUUGACGGCAGGGUGGUCCAUGGGUACACGGAGCUCCCCCAGGUGGAUAAGGCAGCUGAAAAUGCCGCCACCUGGCGGGAUCGACCAUCACUCCCCUCCAAGGCCUGUAGGUUGACCAGCGAUGCUGUACAGGCCACCUCUGCCCUGCACGCCAUGGCCCUCCUGCAAGUCUACCAGGCUAAGUUGUUAAAAGAUCUGCACCUGGGUAGUCCUGAACCUGAUGUGCUGCAGGAACUGCACUCGGCGACCAGCCUCACUCUCCGGGCCAAGAAGGUCACAGCGCGCGCACUCGGACAGGUGAUGGCCACCCUCGUGGUCCAGGAAAACCACCUGUGGCUGAAUCUGUUCGAGAUGUAGGACUUUGACAAGGCUCGCUUUCUAAAUGCUCCCUUCUCCCAGAUCGGCCUAUUUGGCGACACCGUUGAGGACUUUGCCCAGCAGUUCUUGGUGGUGAGGAAACGGAGGUCAUCCAACACAUCUUGCCCCACUCAAGAUCCCACACCCCAUCAGCUCACUGAGGGCAUCCCCCUGCAGCAGUGAAACCCCAGGUAGCUCCACCUCAGCCCGGGCCCUGCUCUCAGCCCUUACAUAGAUCUCCCCACAGUAGACGGACGCCCCCCAUGUCACGAACCACCUCCCGGACCCAGAAGGCUUCCAAGCGCUCCUGAGAUAGGCAACCCAGGGAGAGAGACAUCUGCCAUGGAUCCCCCGGUGAAGGGUCGGGUGGAAAAUCUUUUGUUUCCUUUUCUUUGUUUGCCACAUUGUCACAAAGAAAGCAGUUUACUCACUCCCUGGGUAACUUAGGUGCCCACAAACGCCGUUCUCAUGGGGAUCAGACACCGAGCACUUGCACAUGGGCCCCCAUGAAUGCGGACCUUCCGCCUUCACGUGCCCAACUGCUCCACACUUGCACCUCAGGCUGGCAGAUGGUGGCGAGUCUAGAGGUUGUCUCUACAGAACCUCCUCCUCAGUCACUUACCCACCCCAGGGUACGCGGAGCAAGGUAAGUGCUUCAAGCUUCUCCUCAGCACAACCACCUCGGGACGAAGCAACGCUCCCCGACUUGAUGUUGCCUGCUCCCCCGCCGUGAGGCCUCACCGCCAGGUACAUCACACGUGAUCGUCCCCUUAGUGCCCCUUGCCCAGAGCUUGGAUGCGUGGCUUACACUUUCCAGCCUCAAUAUUACCUCGUCACAGACACUUUUUACAGUUCGCUUUUGGUGGUCAGGCGUAUCAGUACAAGGUCUUCCCCUUCGGUCUGUCCCUGUCCCCUCGCGUCUUCACGAAAGUCGCAGAGACAGCUCUUGCCCCAUUAAGGGAAGUGGGCAUUCGCAUACUCAACUACCUCGAUGACUGGCUAAUCCUAGCACACUCUCGGCAGUUGCUCUGUGCACAAAGGGACCUGGUGCUCAGGCACCUCAGCCGUGUAGGGAUUUGGGUCAACUUGGAAAAAAGAAAGCUCUCCCCGGUUCAGAGCAUCUCUUUUCUCGGCAUGGAGUUAGACUCGGUCUCAAUGAUAGCGCGCCUCAAAAUCGAGCAUGCGCAGUCGGUGCUGAACUGCCUAAGUACGUUCAGACCAGGCACAGCGGUUACACUGAAACUAUUUCAGAGGCUCCUGGGGCAUAUGGCAUCCUCAGUGGCGGUGGCGCCUUUCGGGUUGAUGCAUAUAAGACUGCUUCAUCACUGGCUUCAGACUCGAGUCCUGAGAUGGGCAUGGCGCCAUGGCACAUACCAUGCUACCCUCACCCCUUCCUGCCAUCACUUAUUCAGCCCUUGGACAGACCUCUGUUUUCUACGGGCAGGAGUCCCCCUACAGCAGGUGUUCAGACGCGUCGUAGUUUCUACAGACGCCUCCCAGUCGGGCUGGGGCACCAUGUGCAAUAGGCACGCAGCUGCUGGCUCCUGGACAGGGCCGCGGCUGGGUUAGCACAUCAACUGCCUAGAGUUGCAGGCUGUAUUACUUGCCCUGCGCAGAUUCCAGCCGCUGAUCCGUGGCAAGCACGUAUUGAUGUGCUCAGCACAGCGACAGAAGCCUAUAUUAAUUUACAUUUAUAAAAAACAAAACAUCAAAAUCUAUCAAGAUUUUUUUAUUUGAUUGUUUUCUAAUGGUCUUGAAUAUAUAUUUUUUAAUUUUACAGUAUCUGGGCAUUUUGUACGUCCAUUUUUGAUAGAUAUACGUACGUGCCGGGUCUCUAAAAAUCCAAAUAUGUAAGAGUAUUUGAGAAAAUUACCAUCCAUUUAAGGGCUAAUCAAUCAAUAUAAUGAUAAAUUACUGUAAUAUAAUGUGUUAUUGUAAUGGCAAUAUGAUGGGUGCCGGCGGUGAUGAGGAACACCCGUCUUUGAAUGGCAGAAAUUGUUUGUGCCAGACACUGGAUCCACACUGCAGAUGAGGUAGAAUAUUUAGGAUAUUUAUUUUUAGCUGCAAAACUGCAGUUAAUGAGGGUGGGAUGCUAAUAUUCUGGGAGUUGAAAGUAGGGAAUUGAUGAGUUCAAGGGAACUGCGUGAUGUGCAAUAAAGAACAAAAUACAAAUCUGUUUAGCUUUAACAUCCUCUGAAACUACAGAUGAGAGAGAGGAAACACCAUGGUGUUGGUGAUGUCCAGAAUAGCAUGCUAGCAUACUGCUAUUCCUAUUUCAGCGGUAUAUAGUUGUGACAAGGAGGAAGGCGGGGCCGCCAUGAGUGCUUACGGCCAGCCCCCAAUCGUGCUAAUCAGCCGAGGAGAGAGAUAAAGCCGAGAUGGAUAUGGCAGUUCGGGAGAUAGAGAGCCACACACAGCUGCCGUGUGUGCUUAUAUUUGUGUCUUUUUGUUUAAAUUAAAUAUUACUUUGACUGUUCAGACGGUUCCCACCUCCUCCUUGACCUCAUUACCUUGUUACAAUAGUGCUGUGCUGAUUUAAUUGCAUAAUGAAUUCAGUUUGACAUACUGUUUUAAUAAACAGUAGGCAGUACACAGUAGAGUAAAUAAGCAGUAUUUGGUAAAUAGUUAGCAAGUAUUCCUUUACAAACAUACACGUAGAUAACUUCUCUAGGCAUUUCUGAUGGGAGCUAAAUAUCUGUAGCUGUGCCUCUUGUUGUAAGCUUAGAUGAUGAUUCACGGUCUCCCACUUUACAGACAUUUGCUGGUGUUUAACUGCUAUUCUCGCUGGAUACAGAGAAACAAAAAGGCCCAGCUGCACUAAACUCAGUUAAUAGGAGAGUAUGAGUGUUUGUGUAACAGUUCUAUUAAUUAAUCUUUAGAUCAGACUAAUGAAGACUGUAGAUAGCUGUAAUAUCUAUUCUUACAUUCAACACUCCUCACAAAGAAGCUGUGAAUAAGUGUUCUGUCCAGCAUGUCUUAGGGUUCUCAUUAGGUACAAGUUGUUUAUACGUUGUGUUUUCCUGGUAUUCCUCAUCAGUUUACUCUUGAAUUACUUUGCAACACACAUAACAGAUUGUAUCAGCAUAUUUUUUUUUUACAAAGGUUUCUUUUCACCUUAAAAUGUAUAUUGUGUGUUUUAUCCAGAUAAUUUUUAUGUAAGAGUAAUUGUACUUUAAUUUUGUAAAUCUAAACACUGAUCACAGAGUGUAUAUUUAAACACAACAUUUGCCAACUGCUUUACUAUUGAAUGUAUCUGCUUUCAUAGGUUAGUUAUUUGUACUGUAACUGCUUGUGCAAAAGUGUUAAUUAAAAAUACAUUCACAUAUGGUUUUAAGACUUUAAAAGAUUUUUUUAACCAUGAAAGGUAUCAACAUCACUUGUUUUGGAGAUUUUGAGCUGUUUUUAAA